AUGUCGGCCUCAUCCUCCCAAGCGCUGGAAUACCUCGUGCUGCUGCCCGUCCAGACACACAGGAAGCUGUAUGAGCAGCCCUCAACGGUGCUGGCCAUAUUCCGAUGCAUGCUUCCACAUCUAGCAAAGUCCAUAGUAAUGGCCAUACUCUACAUGCCCACGGCCUUCGCCUCCGCCGACCUAGACACCUGGUUCCGCCCCUCGGCCAAAAAGGAAAAGCAACAAGCCCUCUACGUCCUCGAACAACUGCACAUCAUCGUCCUCAAGCAAGACGCCGCGCGCCAGACCUCCUACGAACUCUACAAAGGCUUCGCUUUAUCCCUACGCCAAGCGCUCGAAGGCAGCGGCACGCAUCGCUCGUUCGGCGUGCCCGCCUCCAAACCCGAUCCGCAUAAAGUCAACAUAGCUUUUUUGGAUGAGUAUGCGAAGAGACAAUGGGAGAAUAUAUUAUUUUAUAUGGUGGGGACGACGGUGGGGUUGGGGAGUGCGGUCGGCCAGGAUGUGGGCGAGGGGACGAAGAGGUUGCUGCAGGCGGGUGAUUUUGUGAGGAUGCAGCAUGGACGGUUAGGCAUCACGAGGACGGGGUUCACGUUUGUGCUACAGGAUACGAAUGCGCAGGUGUGGAGCUUGCUGAUUGAGUAUUUGAAGCAUGUGAGCGAGCUCGGCAUGUCCGAAACCGACGUCCUCUCCUUCCUCUUCAUGCUCGGCUCCCUCGAACUCGGCCAGGACUACUCCACAGCCACCCUCUCCCCCACACAACUCCAAAUGUUAGAAGACCUCACUGCCUUCGGCGUCGUAUACCGCAGCUCAAAAUCCUCCUCCACCUUCUACCCCACCCGGCUCGCCGUAACACUGACCUCGGACUCCGGCGCGCUCACCACUAGCUCAGACAACCUCUCCGCCCUAUGUCGCCCCGGUGUCGGCCAAGCCCCCACAAACCAAGGCUUCAUCAUCAUCGAAACAAACUACCGUCUCUAUGCCUACACCAACUCCUUGCUGCAGAUAGCAGUCCUCUCCCUCUUCACCCGCCUCACAACCCGCUUCCCCAACCUCGUGUCCGGCAAACUCACCAAAGAGUCCAUAACGCGCGCAGUCCGCACGGGCAUCUCCUCUGCCCAAAUAAUCUCCUACCUAACGUCUCACGCGCAUCCUCAAAUGCAGAAAAAUACGCCUUUCCUGCCUCCCACGGUAAUGGACCAGAUCCGGCUGUGGGAGUACGAGGGCGAGAGAGUGGAGACCACCAAUGGGUAUCUGAUGAGGGAGUUUAGCAGCGAGGCCGAGUAUAGGGAUUUAUUAGGGUAUGCGGAGGCGUUGGGCGUCCUGGUUUGGAGGAAUGAUGCAAAAAGGAUGUUCUUUAUUGAUCAAAUUGAACAGAUCCAAAGUUAUUUGAAGAAGAAGGCUCAGCGGUAG